UGUGUCUCAGGAAUUUCAAAUCUACCACAAGCCCAAGAAGCUGACUUGACAACAUCAAACGAGGUUUGCCAACUCUGAUAACGAAUCCAGCAUUGCACAAGCAAUAAAGAGAUUAAGCUCACCUACAUAAGGUUGUUUGCAUCUCGAUUUACUCAUCAAUAUCCCUGUGGGGUUGCAGUAGCGAAGAGAAACUCAAAACGCAAUGGACUCUCUUUUGACGGCCAAAAUCAUUUCAAUGGCCCUUUUGGGCGUGGUUUCCUUCCUAUUGAGUGUACUGGCCAUCGGUCUGUUUAGGUAUCUCUCCCAGGAGAGUAAAAUCCAAAGGUCCAUCAUCUCUAAUUUACUCUGUUUUGGCGGAGGUGUCCUCAUUGCAAUCAGUGUCAUUCAUAUGCUGCCAGAGGUACGUGAAACCUUCACCGGAUCCGGCGUCGACCUAGAUGAGAAACCUGUGGCCGAGAUUUUAACUUGCGUUGGGUUCUUCUUGGUAUAUCUAAUUGAAGAGCUGGCCUUUGCUUGCUCGGGUACUCAUCACCAUACUCCGGAACUCCCCACUACUCGUUCUCAUGGGGAUCAAGAAAAUCACGGCACUCAUUCCAUAACCUGCCAAUCCAAUCAUAAUGACUUGGUCGAGAUUAGUCCUGGGAAUGAAGAAGAUUCUUUGAAAAGAAAACAUGGGUCGAUCUCAAGUGCAAAGAGUUACGAUACGUUUCCCCAAGAACAUCCUCAGAAAGAAAGUAUUUUCACGGGGGCUAAAUUUCGAGCCCUGAGGGACUUCAUGACAAUGUUGGCUCUAACUCUGCAUGCAGUCUUUGAAGGCUUGGCCAUUGGGAUCGAAGAGGAAACCACGGACGUCUGGAAAUUGUUUGCAGGCGUUGCUUUACAUAAGUUUGUGAUUGCAUUUUGUUUUGGCUUGGAGCUCAUGGCCAAUCGGACAAAUAUGAAGCUCAUGUUAUUGUAUCUCAUAACAUUCGCCAUCUUCAGUCCAUUGGGCGUUGGUAUUGGUAUUGGUAUCAAUGAAGCUCAAUCUGAAACCGCCUCCUAUGCCUUCACCGUGGGCACACUUCAAGCCCUCUCGGCCGGCACCAUUUUAUAUGUGGUGGUGUUCGAGAUUCUCCAACGAGAGAGACAAAAGGAUGUCAAUGGGUUCUUGCAGUUGACAGCAUUAGUCAUUGGAUUUCUUGCCAUGAUGUUGGUCGAGCUCUUUGUUGGCCACCAUCACCAUCACGAUGACGAGCGUUUGCGACUUUUAUCCGUCUAGCAUAAAUUCCUAGAAUCGCUGAAUAAAUGAUUUGAACAAUUCA